CCUUGGCUCACAUAUACUGCGUGGGAAAAGACAUAUGGCAAAAUCAUUCACUCUCACAUCCUUGGGAUCGAUAUGAUCAUCAUAAACUCUGAAUCAAUCACACAGGAGUUGUUGGACAAGCAUUCUGCAAUCUACUCAGAUCGUCCCAUCAUUCCUACUAAUGAAAUGGCUGGACUGGGUUUCAAUACCAUACUCCUUCUGUAUGGCGAGACUUUGCAACAACAUUGCAAGAUAUUCCAUCAAAUACUUAGGGCAGAAGCCUCUGUUUCAUACCACAAGAUGUACUCUCGCCAUGCAAACAAGCUAGUCCCCAAUCUCUCUAAGGCCACCGGUGACCUGCAGAAACCAGUUCAAGCAUUCAUCCCUGAUUCAGUGACA